AUGAGGACUACUCUUGCCCUCUUGCUGACUGCUGUCAUAUGUGUGGAACAAGCCUAUGCAUUUAUGUGCUACGUGUGCCAGAAGGAGGAGUCCAACAAGAACUGUUUGACCAUUUCCAUGUGCUCAAAGGAAGACAAAUAUUGUGUGACUGUCCGGAAUGACAUUGGAACAAAGCCCAACGAGCCUAAGUAUGUCUACUCCAAGAUGUGUUCUCCAACGUGUCCAGCAAAAAGUCAGCAACAAAACCAAACCUAUCAGAAGGUUACUUGCUGUGAGAAGCCAUUAUGCAACGUGAAUGGAGCCAGCAGCAAGCAGAACAGCUAUGCAGUGAUGUCUCUGGGCAUCCUAGCUACUAUCGCUUAUAUCUUUACACCCGGACUGUAACGGCUUAGGAAAAGCUCUAAGUGAUGGCUUUGUUUGAAAUAAAAGUGUAUUGCUCUGGAAUAAUUCCUACCCUUAAAGAGUCACGCUUUGCA